AUGCCCAUGACACAAUCUGCCUAUGCCCAUCCGACCUCCUUACGCGCUCUGAUCAAGCCCGAAGAAGACUGGACCAAGAUAUCAGAUUUUGGCAAGCGGAGGAGGAUGCAGAACCGCCUUGCUCAGCGCAAGUACCGAAAUAAAGUCAAGCGCCUUGCUGGUUCCUCUGACGAUGUAGAGGCUGACAAGCCCCGUCAAAAGCCAACCAAAUGCAAGCGCCGUUCCUCAGCAUCUCGCAGUAGGAAACCACGCUCUACAGGUCCCAGAAUACCUGGCGUCUCUCAGCAUCAAUUCAAUUCGCCUGUGAAGCCUACUGGCGAGCCUGGCUUUCCCGACACCUACGACGACCAAAUCAGCUCCAACGAACAAUUCCGCUUGGGUUGCCCUGUCAAUCCUGCUUCCAUUGAGAUUCCCCUUCCUCUCUAUGACUUUACUCAGCCCGACAUAGACAUUGUAACCGCUGGUGAAUAUGCUGCCAGCACAAUGUCCUCCACAGUGCCCAUGCCACCUUCUCUUGCAACACACUUUAGCGACUCCAUCAAUUCAGAGACGUACCCCAGCAGCGAUGGAUUCAACCCGUACAUGGCCUACAGUAACAUGACUCCUAUGGAACUCAAUUAUCUCAGCCUAUACGACCAGCUCUAUCUUCAUACUCCAUCCCCGUUCUAUUCUUCGGAUCAAUCUGUCGAUAUCUUACAGGCUGGUCUCGACUGUCCAAUCACGCACAACUAG